UUUUUUUUUUAUUUCUAACAAACUAACCAUGGGCCAUUAUAAAUGCUGCUGUUGUGUUCCUCUUAGAGCUGGUAUUUUGAUCAUUGCUUUGAUUUCAUCUGCUGUCUACAUUGCCUCUACAGUUGGACUCUUUAUGUCAAGAUCCACAGGAGUUAGCGUAUACGAUGGUUACAAUGUCAAUUCUGUCACUUUCACAGCUGUUCACUAUACAACCAUUGCUGUUUCAAUUAUUUUCGCUCUUGCUUCUCUUUUUGGUGUCGUUGGCAGUAUUACUCAACAUAGAAAAAUGAUUGCAGUCUUCAAAUUAGCUUAUUGGACGGUAGCUACUUUACAAUUCAUUGUAAGCAUUGCAAGCAUCAUCAUUCUAGGCCUCAAUCGAUCAACUAUCAUCACUGCUUGUGCCGAAGCUUAUGCAGAUGAGACAUUAGACAGUUGUGCAGUUGGCUACAGAAACUUUAUGAUCAUUUUCUCAGUCGUUUCAAUGAUAAUAUGCUUCAUACAGUUUUACUUUGCCUCAGCCAUCAGUGCUUAUGCAACCCGUUUGCGCAGAACCAAUAUGCAUGAAAAACUUCGAAAUUUAGAGGACUUUCCUGAGCCACCUAGUAAGACUGAAUAUUUUUGAGUCUUUUCUCUGUAUACAACACAUCUUCUUUAAUAAUUAUACAUAUCAACCAAAAAAAAAUCAUCAUUUUUAUGAUUAUUAUUUGUAAAAUCUUCCUCUUCCCUCCCUCACUCUUGUACUUUCCUUCUCGUAUAUAAUAUUUAUUCCAAAUAGUCAUUAAAUGAUUUGUUUUUUUUUAAAGAGAAUGUAAAUUUAGAUAUGUUGAUUAAAAAUAGUAGCAGCCUAAAAAAAAAUAAAAAGGAGAGCACAUUACCUGGUAAAGAUGUCAACGGUUACACUUGGCUUUAACGGUCAGGUAACCGAUUGGGUAAAAUCAAG